UCAGAAUAACUUUUUCUCUUUAAAGGACGAAACUCAGAAUAUUUAAACAAUAUAAAAAAUGUGUCUUUCUUCUCCACCAUGAACGCUUUUGAGGUUUUGAGUGGAGCAAAAUUAUAAUCAAGAUAAGUUGGGAGGAAAUCUAGUACUAGCAUAAAUCAAGUGGCCCAAUUUCCCCUUUUAAUUGUAAUAUCCUUUCCCCAAUGAUGAUUCUCUCAAAACCGGCCAUUUUGUUCCUACCCUGUGUUUUCUUCGUGUCUAUCUUCAUCAACACUAAUAAUAUAAAAUUCAAGUAUGUCGAUCGUCAUGUAGCGUGGAGGAGACAGAUGGAAUCCCAGCAGAAAACCCAAACUACAAGCCAAGAUUUAAGCUUUUCAUAUUCCCCACAUAUAAGUCAGCUCGCUUUCUCUCUCUGAGUUCUUAGAGGGAGAAACUGGAAUAUUUCGUUUUGAACUUUGGCUGACGGAUUGAGAUCUCAAACUCUUUUUUGUGAGCUGAAAAAUGGUGGGGAUUUUCUCAAGAUUUUCUGGCAGGGGUAGCCAUCGCCGCACUCAAAGUGCUCUUGAUGAAAUGGGAGUAUUGCCUUCUAGCUCAGAUGCUACAACCAGUGCUAUUUUGUCGACAGCUACGUCUGCUGUCCCUCAUGGGAUUGAACUAGCGUUUGAGUUUAAACCCGUUGAACAUCCAAGUGAGCCUCUUGACAGUGAUCAACCUAUCCUGUGUCCACAACCCGAGCCUUCAAUUCUUAAUGAUGGAAGAAUCUGGAAAGAAAGAGCGUCGUCAGGCUCGGGCGUAUCCCGGAGGGCGGAGACGCCGGUUUUGCAGGAACAGAUCUCCAUUGAACCCGAGAUUCCGAGAACGAAACCUCGGCCUCCUCGACGCAUUCUGCCCUCGAUGAGUGCCCCGGAACACAACAUUCUCAAACUGCUCGAAGAGUGUAAUGCAUCUGGAAUAAGCUUCAAUACCUGAUCACCACUAAGACUUCUUGUUGGCUCUCUUUUUCUCUCUGUUUUUUUGAAAGCCCUCACCUUGUUGUUCUACCUUCUCAAACCUCAUAAUAGAUAAUAUUGCUACUGGUUUGAUAGAUUCAUUAGAUGGUAAAUUUGGACAGUGUGCUUGUGUAACUCUGUAUUUGGCUCCCUUAUUUUUGCUUUUUAAGCACUUCAGAAUUUUGAGUACUAUUUGAUAAA